AUGCACACUCAACUGGUUGGCGAAGGCCUACGUAUACUAGCUUUCCCAUGCAAUCAAUUUGGAGGACAAGAACCAUGGCCUGAAUCGGAAAUAAAAAAUUUUGUGACAAUGAAGUACGGUGUUCAGUUUGAUAUGUUCGCAAAGAUUCAUGUAAAUGGGUCCGACGCUCACCCUCUUUAUAAAUUCUUGAAGGAUAGACUAGGAGGUACUCUGAUAAGCGCUAUCAAGUGGAACUUCUCGAAAUUUCUUGUAAAUCGCGAAGGCCAACCAGUUAAGAGAUAUUCCCCAACAACUGCUCCAUUGGAUAUCGAAGGAGAUAUUCUGGAGCUAUUACGGAAGAAGUGA